UGCCUUGGGAAUGGGGGAAUCCUUGGGAUUUGAGGGAACCCUUGGGAAUAGGGGAACCCUUGGGAACUGAGGGGACCCUUGGGAAUGGGGGAACCCUUGGGAACUGAGGGUUUGCCAAGGGGGUAAUUCUUGGUAACGGGGUGGGGGAGUGAACAGGGGACUCCUGGCUGAGAAAGGGUUAAAAGGGAAUUCCUUGGGAAUGAGGGAAUCCUUGGAAUUGGGGGGUUGGCACGGAGCCUUUGGGAAUAGGGGGGCUUGGAAAUGAGGGGACCCUCUGGACGAGGUCGGUGGGAAAGGGGUUUGGAAAGGACGUGCUGGGGGGAAAACAGGGAGCAGCUCCAAAUUCCAAAUAUUUCUCAUCCCUCUGGAGCUUCCCCCUCCACCCUCUGAUCCUUUGACUUCCCAGCUGGAAUUUUGUCCUCUCCUGGCUGACAUUGGAAGCCACGGGGGAAAUUGGGAAAAAACAGGGCUGCAGGUGAAGCCUGAGAAAUUCCAUUUUUAAGUAGAAUCCUGGGAUGAUUUCAGUUGGAAAAGAUCAUCAAAUCAAGCCCCAAAUUCCCUCUGCACAUUCCUAAAAGCCUCAGGAGUCUCUUGGCUUGUUUUUUUUUCCCUUUUAUUUGCCUCAUUUCCCGUACUUUGAGGAAAUUGGGAUGUUGGGAACGAGCCUCCCCAGGGAGCUGAGUGGUUUUAACUCUGCUGAGCUGAAAAGGAGGGAGCAGCACGUCCAUAAAAUCAUCCAGGUUGGGAAAAACCCCCUAAAAUGAUCCCAAGGAAUAACCAGGCUGAUCCUUGCAUCCUGCCCUGAAAGGAAAACAGAGCAUUUCUGGGGCUGCUGCAGGCGUGUUAGAGAGAAAUAAAUAAAUUAAAGGAAGCAAAAGUGAAACUGCUGCAGCUGGCAGGAGGGAGCUCCUCCUGUGGCAGCCAUUCCUGCUGGCUUUGGGUUCUUUGGGGGAAAAAUUGCAUUUUGGGGGGCUUUGUUGGUGGCCAGGAGAGAGGAGUUUGUGCCUGUGCCAGGGAUGCGGCGCUGCCGGAGGCGGCAGCUCUCAGCCCCCGAGUGCGCGGCCCUGGCCCGGAGCCCCGAGGGCUCGGCCCCCCUGAGGCACCCCCUGGGCCUGCCCAGAGGAGGAGGAGCAGCACACCGGGGCCUUCAUCCCAUCCACGGCACACGGAGACACCCCAGAGCACGAGGCCAGCAGAGGAAAAUCUCAGAUUUCUUUGGGAUCCUGAAGGCCCCACAAGUGGGAACUGCUGGGAUGCCGAGCCGUGGGAUCAAGGAAGAGCCACUGGAUCCCUUUUCCCCUGGACCUCCUGAUUCCUUCAGCAGCCCCUCCCUUUCCCUGCAUUCCCAGGACUUGGUGCCACCUCCCAGGGGACAUUCCAGGAAAAGAGGAAUUCCCAGCCCAGAGCAGGAUCUCUGGGAGGAACCUGAGGAGAAGAUCCCAGUGCUCAGUGGGAUCAAGCAGGAAUGGGAAGAGCUGGAGGUGGAACCCCUUCCCGAUUCCCACUACGGGCUCCUGGGCACUCGGAGCUGGCAAGUUCCUCAGGGAUCCAUGGAUGAUCUUCCUCCUGAAAUCCUCAGGAAUAUUUUUGCUUUCCUGCCAGUGCUGGAUCUGUACCAGAACGUGAGCCUGGUGUGUCGCUGCUGGAGGGAGAUAAUCCGGGAUCCACGGUUUAUCCCCUGGAAGAAGCUCCACCACCAGUACCUGCAGAGGGAGGGCUCAGCCCUGCAGAGGGUGGAGCAGAUCCUGCAGCAGUUCUCCAUAACCAAGGAGCAGCAGGGAUGUGUGCUGGGGCUGGCCAGGCUGGUGUCAUCCACGGGAGCCAAGGUGGAUCCCAGCAGGCUCCUCCAGGUUUUGGGAAGUCAUCCCCUCUUCCCCAAGGCUCAGUUCUGUGUCCUCAGCAAAUUCCCAGAUUUACACAGCAAGCCUGGGGCAGAGAAGAUGUGGGCAGUCGUUGCUGUCAUGGUGCUGUUCUCUGACAGCGUUGGUGACAUCCAGAGGCUCCUGGAAUGUUUCCGGAGCCCCCGCUCGGAGCUGGCCCUGCUGGAGGUCACCGAGGUGCUCCACUGCAUGGCCACGCUGCUCUUGGCCAUGAGGAACAAGAGCAUUCCCAUCUCCAACAGGAUUCACUACAAUAUUUUCUAUUGCUUGUAUCUGAUGGAAAAUGCCUCUGGAAUUGUGCAGCCUCUGGAAGAGGGAAGAAUGGAUUCGUGUCCCAGUGGAUGGGCUGAUGUCAGGCUGACCCAUGAACAGCAGAGGAUUUUGAGUCACAAAAUUGAGCCUGGCCAAACAGUGAAAAUAAUGGCAUUUGCAGGCACGGGGAAAACCUCGACCUUGGUGAAGUACGCAGAGAAAUUCUCGGAGCUGAAAUUCCUUUACCUGGCUUUUAACAAAGCUGUGGCAGAGAAGGGGAAACGGGUUUUCCCAAGGAAUGUCACCUGCAAGACCUUCCACUCCUUGGCUUUUGGAAGCGUUGGGAGACACUACAAAGAGAAAGGCAAGCUGAACUUCUCCAAGAUGUCCGUGUAUUCCAUCAGCUUCCUGCUCCAGAACAGGGAGGGCCAAUCCCUGUUUGUAAGAGGGAAAACGGUGUCCCAAACCUUGGAAAACUUCUUCUCCUCCUCAGAUGAGGAGAUCUGUGAGGAGCACGUGCCCCUGUGGUUCAAAAACACUCACGGGAUGAUGCAGCAAGUGAGCCCACAGGAAAAGAGAAUCAACGUGGAAGAGGCCAAAGAGAUUUGGCACAACAUGAAGAAGCUGGAUGGAGACACAGAGAAGAAAUACAAGAUGACUUGUGAUGGGUAUUUGAAACUUUGGCAGCUCAGCAAGCCCCAGAUCUCAGGAUACAAUGCCAUUUUUGUGGAUGAAGCCCAGGAUUGCACUCCAGCCAUCGUGGAUAUUGUGCAAUCCCAACACUGUGGGAAGAUCCUGGUGGGAGACCCUCACCAGCAGAUCUACACCUUCCGAGGGGCGGUCAACACGCUGUACCUGGUGCCUCACACCCACCUGUACUACCUGACCCAGAGUUUCAGGUUCGGGCCCGAGAUCGCCUACGUGGGAGCCACGAUCCUGGAGGUGUGCAAAGGGAUCCGCAGCAGGACCCUGCUGGGGGCAGAGCACAGGGGGGACGUGCGGGGAGGCCGGCAGGGGACGGUGGCGCUGCUGUCCCGCAGCAACUGGACCGUGUUUGAGGACGCCGUGGAAUUCUCUGGGAGAGACCCCCCGGCCAAAAUCCACGUCAUUGGGGGAUUGGAGAGGUUUGGCCUGAGCAGAAUUUAUGACAUUUGGAAGCUCAGCCUGCCUGCAGAUGUCAGGAAAAACUCCCAGCUGGCCAUCGAGGAUCCCUUCCUGGGGCGCUGGGAGCAGCAGGGGCUGCCGGGGCUGCGCGAGUACGCGGAGCGCAGCGACGACCGCGACCUGCAGGUGAAGAUUGCCAUCGUGGACAAGUACAGGGACAGGAUCCCAGAGCUGCUGGCCAGGAUCAGGGCCAGCCACGUGUCCCAGGAGGGCCUGGCAGAUUUCCUCAUUGGGACUGUGCACCAAGCCAAGGGCCUGGAGUUCGACACCGUUUGUGUGGCUGAUGACUUUGUACAAAUCCCUUCUGUCAGUGGGGCCUUCCUGAGGAGAAUGAACAUUGCUCUUGACAGGACCCCUGAGGACGAGUGGAACCUGCUCUACGUGGCUGUGACCAGAGCCAAGAAGUGCCUGCUGAUGUCCAAAUCCCUGGAAAACCUUUUGUCUCUGGCUGGAGAGCGUUUCCUCCGGGUGGAGCUGCUGGGUGAGGCUGGGAAGGACAAGGAUGGAGCUCCUGUUGCUUGUUGUGUGUCAGGAUGUACAAAAUCCCUGGAAGUCAGCUCCGGGCUGGUGGUGAAGAAGCUGCCGUUGAUUCACAGCGACAGCAGCCAGGAUCCAGGGGGAUUCCUUUGCCAGGCUUGCACCUGGCUGUUCUUCGGCUCCCUGACUCCCCUCACCUCUUUCCCAACGAUCCAGUAGGAGCCCAUCCAGCUCUAACAAAGCCCUCCAGCUUCCCAGAGCUAUCCUGGAUGUGGGACAAAUCCUCUUGGCACAUCCCAGCUCCAAAAUCAAGUGGAUAUUGGAGGAGGAUUUCAGCCCAGCUCCAAAAUCAAGUGGAUGUUGGACAGGAUUUCAGCCCAGCUCCAAAUUCCAGGUGGAUGUUGGACAGGAUUUCAGCCCAGCUCCAAAUUCCAGGUGGAUG